AUGGCGCGCUUUCCGUCGGACAGCCGCUGCUCUGAGUCGCUGCUGGGCACCAGCGAAAGCCACUUUCAGUCUCCUUUGGUGCUCUUGGACCCAGUCCUCAACUCUGCCACUGGCAGAAUCGGGGAUCCGACCAAGGAGGAAGUCAACUGGCAGUGGCUCUGCAAAACAGAAGGAGCUAGUUUUCCGCCUCCUGACUGGCUGAAACUGCCUGUCCCGUGGGAGGAAUUUGCCCUGACCUCUGGCUGCUCUGUGGCUGGCGGCAGUAACGAGCGAUGA